AUGUCACUUCUUAGAUGCACGGCACACCGCCUAUGUGCUAGCACUGGCUCUUGCUUAAUUGACCCUUUAGCAUCGUCGUCGCGCGUGGCACCGCACAACUUGCAGCUUAUCCACACCCUUGGAACACGACAAUUUUCACUCUUUGGCGAGGGGAUAAAUCACUCGAAACUGCUUGUACAGUGCACGGUGGCUUCGGAACGCUCUCCUAAGUAUGAGGGUGGCAAGAACGCUGCCCUGAGGGGCAAGAAAGCAAGUGCGCGCGGACCUGUCGAAUUUGAAUGUCAGCUGAGCAAUAUGUGCCGCAGCUUCCCACUCACCCUGUCUCUUUGUUGCAGCACGCGCGCCGGCCUUUUGCUUAUCAAUGGUGCAAGGUUUUUGCCGGCGGGUUCAACUGUGCUGGAGGGGCCGGAAUGCACCCAUGGCCAAUUCGUCUACCACGGUCCGCACAUGAACCAGUCGCAUUUGGCAGAGCUUGUUGUUGGGCACAGGAGUCCUAAUUCACCGCUAGAUGAUAUCGCUCAUAUCGAGGCUGUCUUUUUCAGCGCGGUACGUUGCUUUGGCAGCACUUCGAGUACCUGGUUUGGUCAUACUCCAGUCCACACUAUAAAACCUGAGCUCGCGGAUUGUAUUGCCGAGCUGGUGCGUGGCUUUGGGGUUGAUGAUGCGCUCGCUGAAUACGUGGAAUGUAAGGCACAUGCUGUAGAGAAACUGGAGCGGGACGCGUGGGCUCGUGUCUCGAAUAGUGUUUUACCUAACUUAGAGAAACUCUAG